CAUCGUGCUGAAGGUUCUUGAGGUGCCUCAGGUCUGUCAUGACUAAAAGUAAUAACAGCGGCUUUUAGUUUCCAGCUUGUUUCCGAACGUGACGUGUUGAGAGUCCAAAUUGUCUACCACACUUCCAAAUAUAUAUUUUUUAUUUGAUUUGACGGCAUACGUGUUUCUUAUAAUAUUUGCUUUCAGGGAGAGGGCGGGUGAGUAAUGCAAGGCUGAGAAGGGAGGAAUCAAAAGACUUGCAAUUUUCAGCACUCCCACUCUCGUUUGAAACGACGCGGGUGCAUUGGACUUUGCUGUUGAAGUUAGCAGCUGCUCUAACACAGAAAAAAAGCCAAACCAGAGGUUGUGAAACAGCGAGGAAAAGAGAGUCGGACAGAUAGAAAGAGACGGAGGGACAGAGAGAGGAGAGAGAGAGGAGGGGGGGGGGGGAGAAAGAAAGACGGACAGAGUUUAAUCCUCCCUAGCUGCAGUAGCGGACCAGACUCUAGCAGGGUUUCAGCACCAAGGAUAGUUCUCAAACCUUAGCGUCGUCGGACACCGUUGCUUUAGCUCGUGUGACGGACAAGAGUUUGAGGCGAUUGAAAGAUUAAAACGACCCCUUUGUAUUGCGUUUCUAAACUAACUGAUUUGCUUGGCUUUAUACACAAGGAAAAAAAACUGCUUCGGUGUCAUCUAUCAGUCUUUUAAGACAUAGGCUACUUUAUACUUGAAAAGGAUUUCGGGAGUUGUCAGAAAAUGAUCAAUGUGUCUCUGCGAGAAACUACACAUGUGCCAUCACGCUCUCUUUAAAUACUAGUGACUCUAGUCAGCGCAGUGCUGAGGUGGGCGUCUGUUUUUGUAUUCCGUCUCUUUUCCACGGGGAUUUGCAUUCUGUGACACCAACAUUGGCUUAAAAAACUUCUCGUGGCCAAGUUUGUGAACGGAAUGCCCCUUCUUUGGAUAAUUCACUGAUCUUUUCAGCCACGUCACGUCAACGGCUUCUAACCUCUGCCAUAUUUCCAGUCGAAUGGCAAUGUUAAGUGGUUUUCUAUCUUUUGGAAAUGUGACAAAACCAAAUGGACAUCUUUCUGUUAUUUCGUUGCCUCCUCGCUCAAGUUUUAAGCAACCGGAAUGAUAUCUCCUGAAAAUCGUUCUGCACUGGGUUUCCCAAACAGUGUCAUUAUUCAUCAGUGUUUUUAGCCUUUAUCACUAAAUGCAUAGAUAUGGGGAUAUCACUGCUGUACAUGUUUCUAAAAGUCACUCUAUGUUGGAUUUAUAUCGACGCUCAAGUGGACUCGGACGGCGGCCUCACAGCCCAAGAGCAGUGGUACCUCCUCUACGACGUCAAACUCCAGUGUCAACAAAACAUCUCCACACACAGCCCUGCUGACCCAGAUGGUGCCUGUCCCCCCGGCUGGGACGGACUCAUCUGCUGGCCUCAAGGCUUUCCUGGUUUGGUCACCAAAGUCCCCUGCCCCAGCUAUGUCUACGACUUCAACCAUAACGGCUUUGCAUACCGGAAAUGUGAUAACAAUGGCUCCUGGCCUUUCGUGGAGGCUUUGAACAGGACUUGGUCAAAUUAUUCAGACUGCUUUAGAUUCCUCCAGCCUGGACACGAGCAGGGAAAACGGGACUUUUUUGAUCGCCUGUACGUGAUGUAUACGGUCGGCUAUGCCGUGUCCUUCACCUCUCUGCUCAUAGCCAUCUUCAUCAUCGGCUACUUCAGGCGACUCCACUGCACCAGGAACUACAUCCACAUGCACCUGUUUGUGUCCUUCAUGCUGCGCGCCGUCAGCAUCUUCAUCAAGGACCGGGUGAUGCACGGCAGCGGGGGGCUGCAGGAGCUGGACACCGCCCUCAUGGACAACCUCAAGACCAUCUCCAUCGUGCCGCUGGACAAGUCCCAAUAUAUCGGGUGCAAGAUUACCGUCCUGCUCUUCAUCUACUUCCUGACCACCAACUAUUACUGGAUCCUGGUGGAGGGCCUCUACCUGCACUGCCUCAUCUUCAUGGCCUUCAUCUCAGACUCCAAAUACCUGUGGAGCUUCACUCUCAUUGGAUGGGGUGUACCCGCCAUCUUCGUGUCAGCCUGGGCAGUUGUCAGGGCAACGCUGGCAGAUGCUCGAUGCUGGGAGUUAAGUGCUGGGAAUAUCAAAUGGAUCUAUCAAGUUCCCAUCCUCACAGCAAUCGGACUCAACUUCAUCUUGUUUGUGAACAUCCUGCGCGUCUUGGCGACGAAGAUCCGAGAGACCAACGCCGGUCGCUAUGACACCCGAAAGCAGUACAGGAAGCUGGCCAAGUCCACGCUGGUGUUGGUGCUGGUGUUCGGCGUCCACUACAUCCUGUUCGUGGGGAUGCCCCACACCGGGAAAGGGCUGGGCUGGGAGAUCAGGAUGUACUUCGAGCUGUUCUUCAACUCAUUCCAGGUACUCCUCCUCUUCCUUCUCUUCGUCCUCCUAGUUCUUUUCUAUUCUUCUCGGCUCAAGUCUCACGUUCCCUGAGGCAGCCAGAUUUGGGAUUUUGGGACAGCUGUGCACUGUCUGGUAGAGCAGGGGUUUUCAACCAGGGGUCCGUGGCCCCCUGGUGGUCCGCGACAUCAUUGCAGGGGGUCCGUGACAUGAGCCUAUGUCACCAUUGACUUUU